AUGCCGGCAACACCCGAGGAGAUCCUCGCCAACAAUAGAAGAAAGAUAGAAAAGCAUAGAAGGAGACUUGCCUAUCAUGAUUUGCAAGUCCAGGGCACCAACAAUUCCUCCAUCAUGUCCAAACGGUCUGUGGAAGCCAUCUACAAUCCGAUCCUCGAACCAGAACUGAGUGAAUGGAUCAAAUUCUUCGUGCCCAAGGCCAAAAGGAGAUCGCCUGCUAUCAACAGAGGCUACUGGAUCCGAGUAGAGAGCAUCAAGCAGAUGAUCUUCAGAAUCAGAGAUCAGUAUCCGGAUCAGCCAGUGCGUAUAGUGAACCUAGGCUGUGGGUUUGACGUACUUCCAUUUCAGCUUUUGGAGCAGGGCGGAAACUAUGAAUUCUACGAUUUUGACUAUCCUGAACUUGUGCACAGAAAAUUGGCUGUCAUGAACGAGGCGCCUGAGAUCUUGCUGGUUGUGGGUGACAGGAACGAGAUCACACCGGCUCAGAAGGACAUGGGCAUUGUCAUGGCCACGCUGAAAUACAAGCUCGUUGGCUGCGAUUUGAAAAACACCGGGCUUUACAAAAAACAAUUGGAGUCGCUUUUGCCUAAAGGAGCCGGCCCCACGAUAUUCAUAGCAGAGGUGUCGUUGGCAUACAUGAAGCCUGAAGACGCCAAUCCGGUGAUUGAGAUCUCGGCGCAGGUGGAAGACUCCCAUUUCCUUGUUCUCGAGCAAAUCAUGCCUUCCGGGCCUCAGCAUUUCUUUGCCAAAAAGAUGUUGUACCACUUCAGUCAUCUUCGUUCUCCUCUCCAGUGUGUGGAGACAUACAGCACCAAGGAGAAGCAGACCGAGAGGUUCCGCCAGUACUUUCCUGACAUUGAAAUCAGGGAUUUGUUUGAAUGCUGGAACGAGCUCGUCUCGCGGGAGAAGAAAAAGGCUGUGGAUGAGGUGGAGGCAUUCGACGAGUGGGAGGAGUUUAUCGUCUUCUGUCAGCACUAUGUGGUGAUCCACGCUACAAAUUCGAGGAAGCUUGCAUUUAGAAGACAUCACGAGAAGGAUGAAAUCACCGGCUUCAAUGACGACGUGACGCUCCAGCACCGGGAGCUCGAUCUCGAACUAAAGUUUCCCGCAGCCAGUGAAACCGAUGGUGGGUGCAUUGUCCACGGCGGAAUGUGGCAGAGCCGUACCGACGAGACCUUACAAAUCGACAACGAUGGGAACAAGUCGGCGCUUCAAACCUCCGAGGGACCUUCGCCUCGUAUGUGUCACACUCUCACAAACGCCCAGUAUGGGACCCUCGUCUUGACCGGAGGAAGAGGCCGUCCUGGGCUCGCCUAUGACGAUAUAUGGACUUUCCACGUUGAAAGCAAAAAAUGGACUAAAGCGGGGUCCCUUCCCUUUCCCAUGUACCGCCACAGCGCCAUUUGCACGGAACCAGGCAAGGUUCUUGUCUUUGGCGAGGGCCAGUUUGUGGAGAUCACCGAUUCCGAAGUGACCACACUCCGAGUCCUCGGCGAUAUCCCCAAACUCGCCAGCUGCGCCCUUACGUUCGAUCCCGAGCAGCUGGUUGGCUACAUUGUCGGCGGCAUGUCCAGUGUUGUAGAACCGCUCAUCAACAGCGAGGUGUACCGAUACAAGGUGACCAACGACGCCGUUAUCGUGGAACCCGUCUUGCUGCUGCCGCAGCUUGCCCGUAUUGGAUGCCAUGCUUUCCUCGAGAAAAACCUUUUGGUUGUUGUCGGCGGCGCUGGACUGGUUCUCCAGAACCAGGACACCACUGUCUUGGUGGUGAACACCCUCACCUGGAGCCUUGAAAAAGUGAAAAUCCCCCGACCCGUGUGGGAAACCAACCCGGUAUUUCUUGGUGCAGCGUCGUUUGGGAACCGCCUUAUCGGCGGCGGAGCCGUCUGCUACUCGUUCGGGUCGGCCUACGGUGGAGCAUACCUGGUGGAGGUUGCCUGA